UCGGCUUGUGUCUCUGUUCUGCAGGUUUACGCGUCGGAUUAAACAAUUAUUUUUUGGAAAAUAUCUGGGGAAAAGUUAAACACAGAUUUGUGAUAAACGUUGUUGGCUGUGAAUGCCAAAGAAAUUUGUUAAAUAUUUGUGUAAUUAUUAAAGAAAUAACGUUUUAAGCCACGUCAUUUCGCUGUUGAUGCACUGCAACAGCAGCUCUAGACAAAAAAUUGUUUCAAUGUAAUUUUUUCCUCCACGAACUAUUGUUCCGCUCCAGAGACGUGUCUAAACCUUCAAAAGUCCGAAAGAGCCUGACAUUUUUUCAAAUAAACAAAAGAAGAAAUAUACCAAUAUCGUUUAUAUUACUAUUUAAAAACCUAAUUAUUUUGUAAGUAACGUCUAUCAAAGUAAAUGAAUAUAAAUAAAUAUCCACAGCAACGAGUGAUUGACUUCGACGACAGAGAUAGAAUUUCUUCAGAAGAAGCAUAUUGAGAUUCCAUAUGUCAAACAAAAGAAAUAGUAACCAAAACAAAAAAUAACUUGUUUUCUCCAAGAGAAAGUAUGAAACUUUAGCUAGCUAUGCUUUUUGAAAAGACCAACCCCAACCCCAAACGAUAAUGCAAAUUUAAGACACUCCUUAUAGAGUUGUAGAUUAAUUUAAAAUACAACAGCAAUAACAACAACAAUCGAAAUAAUUCCUGGGCAUCUGAUAAAGAAAGGCACAACAACUGCGCCCUUAAAAACUUUGGCACCAGUCUUUCUGCGAGAACAGAAAAAACAGCGGGGGUACAGCUCCCAAACGCCCGAGCCACAACGAGUUAGACAAAAAAUUAAGCAAACUAUAUAGAGGCGUGACGUGUAUUCUUUGUCUUAAGUAUAAAGAAACUGCACUAUCAAAGUAUUCGAAUAAUAUAAAACAAAGGAAUAUACUCUCUCACUAACCAUAUACCACACACAUAUUCAUAUAUCAGUAGUUGCAACCUGCCUUCAACAAGCACCGGCCGGCAACAAUUCCAAUUGUAUUCCAUAAGAGCAGUCUAGAAUAGGAGCCAUAUGCUGUAUCAUCUAUACUUUCUUUAAUAUAUGUAUAAUGUACAUGUAUAUAUAGAUAUGUAGAAGUGUGUUUGUUGUGCGUUAUAUGUAUUGAGACGUGUUUGUUGCUAAUCGGCAUCAUAUUAAAAUUUUCCUCGUUCGUUCGAAGAAGAAGAAGACAAUUGAAAACCGAACGCUUUAGCAAGGAGCAAGAGUUCGUUCCUUAAAAGGGUGCAAAAAUCAUCUUGACAAGUUUUACUACAUCAAUAAUACGCCACCGCCAAAUCAUACAAAAAUUUAAGGUGAUCAAUCGAUCGAUGAAAAGAUUAAUUGAGUUCAAAAAGGAGCAAUAUCAACAUAAGAAAGCUACAACAACGUUAUAUACAUACAUAUAUACAUAAAAUAAUUCUAUAAACAUAUGCUACAUACAUCUAUAUAUAAUUUUACAAAAACAUCAUAUUUUUAUUGUGAAACAGCAAUCAUACAACAAAAACAACUUUAAAAAAAAAUCAUCCAUUCGUUAACAACCAACCUACUUUAUCCAUUAGCUCCUAAAGAAAACAAAGGCUGCUCCUGUCCCUUAGGAAAUCAAAAAAAAAAAUCGACAACAACCACAACAAGUAUAGAAACAAUACUAUAAUCAACACCAACAACAACAGCAACAGCAAGUAAAGCUCAGGGGAAUUCAAGAAAAACAAAAGUUGUAACAUCAGCAAAACAUUUUAGGAUAGUAAGAGAAAAAAAGAAGUAGAGAAACAAAAACAAAACAAGCAAAAUAGCUUAAGGAACUUCAAAACGACAACAACAACAAAACAAAAUUAAACAUUAAUUACUAUUAUAGCCAACAUAAAACGAACGGCGUAUAGUCGUUUUUAGAUAGUGUAGCAAAAUCAGUUAUCAAAAUUGAAGCCAUCCAUCCAUCUCUAAUCACUUUUAACAACUACCACUACAAGAAAAACAACAUUCAACCCUACAUACGUUGAAAAUUCAAACUUCAGCCAGCAAUACCACAAAAUCGAAGAUAUUAACACCACCACAACAACAAAAUGGACGAAUCACAGCCGAAAACGUUGUAUGUCGGGAACUUGGAUACGUCCGUACAAGAGGACCUACUAGUUGCUUUAUUUAGUCAAAUGGGUUCAGUAAAAAGUUGUAAAAUAAUCAGAGAACCCGGCAAUGAUCCCUAUGCUUUCAUUGAAUAUGCCACGUAUCAAUCAGCCACCACAGCCUUAACAGCCAUGAAUAAACGUUUAUUCCUGGACAAGGAAAUUAAGGUUAAUUGGGCCACUAGUCCUGGCAAUCAGCCUAAAACAGAUAUUAGCUCUCAUCAUCAUAUCUUUGUGGGCGAUCUAAGUCCUGAAAUUGAAACUGAAACCUUGCGUGAAGCAUUUGCUCCCUUUGGAGAGAUCUCUAACUGCCGCAUUGUACGUGAUCCACAGACUAUGAAAUCCCGAGGCUAUGCCUUUGUCUCAUUUGUUAAGAAAGCCGAAGCCGAGAACGCCAUACAAGCGAUGAAUGGCCAGUGGAUAGGUUCACGUUCAAUACGUACCAAUUGGUCGACACGAAAAUUGGCACCUCCCCGUGAGAAUAGUAAAGCGAAUACAGGCGGUGGCGGAGGCGGUGGCCUGAAAACAAAUUCAAGACCAACAUUCGAAGAGGUAUACAAUCAGUCCAGUCCAAUGAACACUACAGUUUACUGCGGUGGCUUCCCGCCCAAUGUGAUUACCGAUGAACUUAUGCACAAGCAUUUCAUGCAGUUCGGUCCCAUACAAGAUGUACGCGUUUUCAAAGACAAAGGUUACGCCUUCAUUAAGUUUGUUUCAAAAGAAUCUGCUGCACGUGCUAUCGAGCAUAUACACAAUUCGGAAGUACAUGGUAGUAAUGUGAAAUGUUUCUGGGGCAAGGAGAAUGGUGGCAUCAAUCCUGCUGUAGUUAAUGAUAAUCCCAUGAAUAAUAUGGCAGCAGUGUCAGCGGGUGCAGCAGCGGCGGCCGCAGCCGCUGCCGCUGGAGCAAUGAUGGGUCCAGGCGGUAUGCCAACCACACAACAACAAGCAGCUGCUGCCGCCGCCGCAGCAAAUGCUGCGGCUGCUGCAGGCGGCACGAUACCAGGCCAAAUGAUGACACAACAACAGCUUGCCGCAGCUGCUGCUGCAGUCCAGUAUCCUUAUGCAGCGUAUCAGCAAAUGAGUUAUUGGUAUCCACCAACUGGAUACCCAGCAGCGCAAAUGCAAACUCAAUAUAUGCAACAAGGCUAUUAUCCUUACGCCUACACCACAAGUGCGCAACAGGCGGGAGGCAUGACUACCGGUUAUAGAAUGGUUCAGCCAAAUCUUACUUGGGGAGUACCGGGAACAGUUGUACCUGGUGUAACAGCAGCAGCCACGGCAGCAGCAAAUGGUUCACUGGCGCCACAAAUGAUGUAUAGUGCCGCAUUGCCACAAUAUCAAACCCAAUGAAGCUACUAAACCGGCAUGUUUUGUAAACAAAUUUGUUAAGUUCCAAACAAGACAACAGAGAGAAGAGAUUUAUAGGAGUGUUGCUGCUUUGCGGCAGCCAACAAAACAAUGUUUUUUGUGGGGGCUGCUGCUAACGAACAAAUGUGAUGUGUAAACUAACUAUUAAGUGAGAGUAAAACAAAAACAAUAAGGAAAAACUUAGUUGCGGCCAAAAAACAAAAAAAAAAAACAAAAUAAAAACAAAAACAAAUGAAAUACAUUUCAAUGCUACCACACAAUUGACGUUGCUCGCUCCUUCAAACACAUUUGUUUAAAACAACAACAACUUCAAACACAAACAUGCAUACAACAUACCCCUCCCCCCACACACACUGCAACAAUACACAUACGCUGCACACACAAGAUAAAAAAACAAGAACAACUAUUGACAUGAUGGGACUUCAAUUUUGUGUGCGAGUGGCGCGGUGUGCGAUUGUGGGCGCAUCCGAAUUGAUCAACUCAGCCAACAAUCAAUAUAUAUAUAUAUAUAUAUACUUAUAUAUAUGUAUUAUUUUUAAGUGUGAGUGAGUGCGUGAAAAAUGCAAAAAUCACUAACAUAAAUCUCUCGCUAUAUUCCUUGAUUGUUUGCGAAUAAUACAUUACAAUACAUAGACAUUAAAUCCCUACAACAACCAACACCACCAAACCCAUUGUACAUCGAACGCAAAAAACUAUACAAAUUCAUAGCCAUAGGCAGAUGGUGAUGAUGCACAUCUAUGCUAAUAAAAUCCCAUAGACCAGACUAAGAGGCAGCCAAAGCGCCGGCUAGACAUUUCCAUAAUACCCACAUGCAAUUUGUCAUUUGCUAUUGUUAUUACUCUAGAUAAAAUAUCACAUUCUCAUUGUGGGAGAGGAGAGGAAGAGCAAAAACAAAUGUGGGACAAGUGGUCGUUUAUGAAAUUUAUCGACUGUUUAAAAUGAAACGGCGGAGAAAAUAAAGCUAAAGUACAAGAGAAUUGUUGCAUUUCAUUCUCCCUAUUUUCUCUCUCCCUCUCUCACAUACACACAAACACACACAACACAACUAAACAGUCACACUCACAAACUACAAGCCAUUCAUUUCAACCAGCCACACUACACUUCGAUUAAUAUGUAUUUUGAAAAUGUCGCCGUAUAUCUUGUAAUAUUCGCUUACAAUCUCAAAUCAUAAAAAAACCCAUAGAAGUUAGGUCGUUGUUAAUUAAAUUAUAUUUAAAAUAAAACAAGAAUAAUUAUAAUAAUAAAAACAAACAAAAAAUAUAAAACAAAUUUGCAAAGAAAACUUUAUUGUAAACAAACAACAACAAAAAGUCUACAAACAUGUAAGACGAGACACAACUUUAAGUGAUUGGUGAUAGUGAGAGGGAAACUAAAAAAAUCUAUCACUUCGUCCUUUGUCCCUCCCUCCCUACUACCUUCCCAGAGAAAACAAAAACAAAACAAAAAUCAAGAAAGAAAAAAAUGUCGUUAUCAUCUCAUUUCUUUGCUUAGCAAACGAGAAAAAAGGAAAAUACAACAAAAACAGUUUAUUAGUCAUAAAAAACGUAAAAUAUUUUUUCUACAACAAAAAACAAAACAUUUAAUAUUUAUGUAUCGAAAACAAGAGGAUAAAACAAACAAACAAAAAAACCACUUACUUUUGUGUGAGGCAACCAAAACACCAAGAAAGGAAGUAAUCAAGAGGAUUUAACACAACAACAACAACACAUACCACAUACAAAAGGAAAAGAAAAAAACAAUUAAAAUUAAGCAACUACUCAAAUAAAAACCGAACAGAACGUUUGUAACGUCGAAAACAACAAGCAAAACAAAAAACAAAACAAAAACAAAUGACUGGGAUUUUAAUCUCUCUAAAAAAUAAAAUCCAAAAAACCAUACAUAUAUAUAUAAAUUUAUUGUUGAAAUAAUGAUGAUAAUUUAUUUUAUUAAAAAAUCUUAGGAUGAAGUUAGUAAGAAACCACAAAACCCAGAGAAGAGCGAUGAUAAACAAAAUCGAAGCAAAACUCACUAAUCCAUAAAGAAAAUAACAAGAAAAACCAAUCUAUAUAUUUAAGAAACGCCAUUUUUAGCGUUAAAAAUCUGAGAAAAAAUUGAAAUAGAAAAAAAAAAUCAACUAAAAAACUGAAAAAUGAAUGCGUUUUAUGUAAAAAAGAACAAAAAAUAAAUAAAAAAUUCAUGAAAAACGUA